CAUGUACAUUUUUUUUUUCAAUUGUGUGUUUUUUAUGCAGCGUGUUCAAAUAAUUCUUCUUCCUUUUCUGCUACAAUGUUUUGUGUGACAACGCUUGAACAACAUGCCACCCAAACAAGAUAAAGGAAAAAAAGAUCCCAAAGGUGGGAAAUCCAAAAAAGAAGGAUCAGGAGGUGGAAAAGCCAAAAAGAAGAAGUGGUCCAAAGGAAAAGUUCGUGACAAGUUGAACAAUUUGGUUCUAUUUGACAAGGCUACAUAUGAUAAAUUUGUGAAAGAAGUUCCAUCAUAUAAAUUGAUAACACCAAGUUUAGUAUCCGAACGUCUUAAAGUUCGUGCAUCAUUGGCUAAACGUGCAUUAAGUGAAUUACAUGGUAAAGGUCUUAUUCGUUUGAUUGAAAAACAUCAUUCGCAAAUGAUUUUCACCCGUAAUACAAAAGCUGAUGAUGCUGCCGAUGUUGAAGAGGUUGAAGAACAACCAACCACCAAGGGCAGAAAAGGCAAACAAAAGGCCUAAGGAAAGAUGUCACAUUAUCAUUUGUCCUGUAAAAAAAAUGGAUUGAUUGAUUUUUUUUCCAACUAAAAUAAAUAAAGAUUUUUUUCAAAAAAAAAAAAAAAAGCUUUUUUUUUGAUCAUUUGUUUUUUUUUAGCUGAAAAGAACAUUUCUUAAGA